GGGUUCAGAGUAAAAUUUAAUAGAAUGUUAUGAAAUGAAUAUGAAGAAGUCCUAAUUAUGAUUAAUUUCAAUAGUUAUAGUGUGAUUAAUGAAUUUUAACAAACAUAAAUUUAUACUGUAGUAAAGUUUUAUGUUAAAUGGGCCCAGUAUGAAUUUGAGCAGCCAUCCAUCCCUGAGUAGUGGAUCUUGAACCCACCCUUAAAUACUUGAUAUAUACUGCACCAUUUGCCCACACGCAACCAAAUUUCACCACUCUCGAACCUUCUACAUGGAAGAAGACGGUGACAAUUUUGUCGUUGAUCAACCGCCGCCGCCGCCGACCGAAGAGGAGCUCGAUAGACAAGAUGUCGGAAAGUUGCUUUAUGGAUGUGAUCAUUAUCGGCGACGCUGUAAACUCCGAGCCCCUUGUUGCAAUGAAAUUUUCACUUGCCGUCACUGCCACAACGAGGCCAAGAAUGCUUUGACCAAUCCCAAGGAACGGCACGAACUUGUGCGCCACAAUGUUAAGCAAGUUGUUUGUGCUGUAUGCGACACUGAACAACAGGUUGCUGAGAUCUGUUCAGAGUGUGGAGUCAAAUUUGGGGAGUACUAUUGUGAAAUUUGUAGAUUUUACGAUGACAAUAGAACAAAGGGGCAGUUUCACUGUGAUGACUGUGGAAUUUGCAGGGUCGGUGGUCGAGAAAACUUCUUCCACUGCAAGAAGUGUGGAUCCUGCUAUUCGGUGGAGCUGCGUGAUAAUCACUUAUGUGUGGAGAACUCAAUGAAGAACCAUUGUCCCAUCUGUUAUGAGUUUCUUUUCGACUCAGUGAAAGGCACCACAAUUAUGAAGUGUGGACAUACAAUGCAUAUGGAAUGCCACACAGAGAUGAUCCAUCAGAACCAGUAUCGCUGCCCUAUAUGCUCUAAGUCUGUUCUCAACAUGUCCGGAACUUGGCAAAGAUUAGAUAUGGAGGUAUGAAGUUAUUUUACUUUUUAGUUAGUCCCUACAAAGUUCUUCCAUAAUUUAUUUUUUGUACUUCGCUACAAGCAAUAUCCACCAUACAUACAUCCAGUAAAAAAAAAGGGUAUAUGCUGAUAUAUGUAUAAUUUAAACUCAUUAUUUAGGGAUAGGGGGAUGGAGGGGAUUAUUACGUACGUGUGAUUUGAUCCCUCACCACAUGGUGAAGAUUGAAGGGCUCACAGCAUGUGAGCUAUCCUCCAAUCCAGUGCUGAUAUAGCUUAAACUGAUAAGAGGUUGAAAGGACAGAGAGAGAAAUCUAAGUCGAUCCCUUUUUUUCUUGGCAUUUUUCUGGAGUGAAGUUGAUUUUGCUCUAACAGUCUUUUGGCUUACUGAUUUUGCCUCGAUUUUUUUUUGAAGGGUAAACCUUAUUUUAAGGAAGUAAUAUUUGAGAAACGAGAAAUAUAGAUACUGUUUUUUUCUUGAAACUUUUUUAGAGUCAUAGAUCUAAAAAAGCAGGGGUUUUGUUACUGAGAGACAAAACACAAACCCAUGAAGUUCAAAUCCUACAUUUGCUGUUUAAAAGCAUGGGUUUUGUCACUGAGAGAAUGGAGAGCCAGUAACGACUCAACUAGAAAAUAGAAAUUAU